UUCUCUUCUUAUUCCUAUUUUUCAUUGAACAUGGGCUGCUGUAAUUCGAAACCAGACGCUAACAAUGUUCAAGAGCAAGCACAUGAGAACCAAACCAGAAACAUAAACACACAAGUUCCUCCUAUUGUCAUUACAAAAGCUCAAUCAAUAACUUCUAGAGAGUCUUUACUUGCUUCAACUUCAGCUAAUGCUAUUUCAACACAGUCCGAUGAACCUUUAGAGAAACCUCCAGCGAGAAAAGAAGAGCAAGCAUAUGAUGAACCACCUGCUUUUAAUGAAGAGGAAGAAGAAACAGCCACACGAAAAGCCACUUUGGAUCUUAAACCUGUUAUCAUUGCUCCCCAACCCUCCACCACCACCACCACCACCACAACAACAACAACAGAACCUACAACGACAACGACAGAACCCAUAACGACAACAAUAAUACCUGAAGCGGAAACGACAACAUACACAUCACCCAAUCACACUACACAACCUCUUUGGACAAUUUUGGUUCGACUUACCUCGAGUGCCAAAGACAUUGCGGUGGAUAUUCCAACUACUGCUCCCUUCAUGACGGUAGCGGACCUAAAGCAGAAAAUCACAUUAAACUCGGAUCAGCAAAUCAAGUUGAUUCAUCUCGGUCGAAUCCUACAAGACAAUUUUCAUCUUGUACCUUCAACCACUGAAAUAUCAAAUAAAGCGGAUACCAUCAAAGUAUCAAAUCGUGGUGUCAUUCAAGCCAUGAUUUACAAAGUAUAGCCCUUUUUUUUUUUUAAUUACCCGAAUUUUUUGUAUAGAGAGAGUUUGGUUUUUUUUUUUAUUAAUUUGAUGUAUAAAAAAAAAAGAAUAAAAAGAUUAAAUUAUGUAUAAA